GCCGCCGGCCGGUCACCAAGACCUUGUACUCACCGCACUGUCAUGGCGUCGGUUACACUCCAAGCGGCACCGGUCGUCACUUUAUCGCCUAAUCGUCCUUCUUCUUCUUCUGCUCCGAUUUCUCGCAUUUCGUUUUCUAAUUCUGAAUCCCUCGGAACUCUCCUCACAAUUUCGACUUCAUCACUUUCGGUCUCCACCGCUCCCUCUGCAUCAACGCUGUUCAGCAAUGUAUUGCGGCAGAGGCAACCGGAAAACAGCGAAAGGAAAACGGUUCAAUCACUCCUUCGGCAAUUCGAGGCCGAGGGACAAGAAGAAGGGGAGGGGACCGCCAAGGGUGCCGAUGCCUCCAUCGACUGUGAAGAAAGAUAGGUUCGAUGAUGAUGAUAAGGCCGAGAUCGGAACUGAUGAGUAGUCCUGUUUAAUCCCCUCUCUCUGUUGUAAGUUCCAAAACAAAACCGAAUUUUCUUCCUUUUUCUGUACUAAAUCUUCUUGUUGUAGCAUUGCAUUGUUAGAUUUUGUUAUAGAGUAAGUAACUCAGUUCUUAGUCUUUGUGGUUAAGCAAUGGCUUAAGCCUUAAAGGUCUUAGUAGUAGUGUCUUAAGCGAAUUUAUAUAGACUAGGAGGGUAGUGUGGAUCUUAACUAAGCUAACAAUGAGAACCAUUUGGAGAAUUUGAUCCUUUGGU